GGCUUCUGGAACGCCGUGGAACUUUCUGUGGUGGUGCGCGGGCUGUGCGGCCGCUCCAGCGUUGUGCGGCCAAGGUUUUUACUUCUCUGAGGGAGGGUGUAACGUUAAGUAGUGUUGAAGAAAACUCGACGGCUGGGCAUUAUGGAGGUCUUUGUAUUACGGAUUGAAGAUCCAGGUUGCUUUUGGGUUACUAUGAAAGGAUGCGGGCCUCAUGUAGUUGAUGAAAUAGAGUAUAAAAAGCUGAACGCAGAAAUGAAUGAGUUCUAUGACAAAGCUUGUGAAGAUGAAGUAAAGCCAAUAACAUUAGAAAAAGACCAGCUUUGUGUGGUUUUCAGCGAGGAGCUGAAGUGCUGGUGUAGAGCAGUUGUUAAGUCUAUCAUGUACUGUGCAGACCAUUAUCAAAUAGAAUGUUUUCUAGUGGAUUAUGCAAAAUACGCUUUUGUUAAAUCAAAGGAUGUUCGAGUUGCAGUGGAAGGAUUUAUGCAAAUUCCAUUUAGAGCAAAAAAAUGUGGAUUGUAUUGCACAAAGCCUGUGACAUUGCAUGUCAACCUCUGUGAAGAUACAGCAAAAAUAGUACCAGCCAAAAGAUGGGAUAAUGCUGCUACGCGGUAUUUUCAAAGACUUCUGGAAGCAACUACCCAAAUCAAAGCGAAGUUAUGUUCUGUGGAAGAUAAUACAUUUCAUGUUAUUCUUUAUGUGACAAUAGAAGAUGAAAAGGUAUGCAUUAAUGAUGAUCUUGUCUUAAAGAAGUUUGCUCAUUUUGAGGAAGCUAAAGAGAAUAUUCAAAGUCCAACAAAAGAGCAAGAUAACCAGACAUCAUUAAAUGUUGAUUCUCCUCCAGUAGAAAUUGUUAAUCCAGCACUUGCUUUCAGGCCAGUGCGGUUGCAAGAGAAGGUACCAAUGAAUCUUGAAGCAGGUUAUUCUGUUUCUGGUUCCUCUCUUGAAAAGACAUACAGAAGGUCAAACAUGCAUCUCAAUGAAAAUAAUGAACCUAAAUUUCAAAAUCUUAGAGAAGAACAAAGCUUUGUCUUUCUUAGCAACAAAAUUGAACCAACUUCAAUUUUGGAAAAAGCGCCACUUCAUGAUAAUCUGAAAAAGGAACUUGCUCAGGAUAAGUUUUUAGGCCCUGACUUCACAGAAUCUUACUCUUGGCCAGCAAUAGCUCGAGGAUGUGAUGUAGUUGCCAUCUCCUAUCAAGGAAAUGACCCUUUCUUAUAUAUUCCUCCAGUUCUUGCUUUCUUGCAAGUGGAAAGCUGCUACAAAGCCUUGCCAAAAAGAAAUGGACCGCUGGUGCUUAUUUUAUGUCCUGGUUGGAGGAAGGCACAGCUUGUUUUUGAGUUACUGAAAAAAUACAGCAGAUGCUCUAGACUGAUUCGUCCAACAUUGAUUAUACUUGGGAAGAAAAAAGAAGAAGCUGAAACAGUGAAAAUCCAAGGAUGUGAAAUAAUUGUGACUACACCGUAUAGCCUCCUAAGAUUGUAUGAACAUCACCUUUUCUUGUUUUCGGGACUCUGCCAUCUUAUUUUGGAUGAAAUUGAGGUACUAUUCUCUGAAGCUGCUGAACAGGUUUUUGUUAUACUAGGUUACUACAAGAAAAACCUUGUUAAUGAGGAAUGGAAAUACUCACCACAUCAAAUUAUUGCUGUUGGAACUCAGUGGAAUAAGCAUAUAGGACGUUUAAUAAAGGAGUUCAUGAAUGAUCCUUACAUUGUGAUAACAGCUUUGGAAGAAGCUUCCAUUUAUGGAAAUGUGCAACAGGUUGUGCAGCGUUGUGUGAGCAGUGAGAGAACUGCUGUGUUGCUCAAAAUAAUGGAUUUUACCCCUAAUAAUCUUCAGAAGGUGCUGGUUUUCACUAAUUCCGUAGAUGAAGUAGAAAUAGUACAUAAGGCACUGAAGAGCAACUCAAUAUUAGCCUUCAAAAUACAUAAGGAAAUAGAGUUUAAUUUCAAGGAUUUCUUAGAGCAUUGGACAAAAAGCUUCAGCAGUGGCAGUCGUGUUGUGUUAGUUCUAACAGAUGACUGCAUGCAGUUCUUGGAGAUUACAGAUGCAUCUUGUGUGAUACAUUUCAGUUUUCCUUCUUCUCCAACAAUCUUCGGUCAGCGUCUAUACAGCAUGUCUGACAACUUCCAUAAUACGAUAAAGGAUUCAUCUGAUCAGGACCAUCAACAGGCAAGGUCAGUCAUAAUGCUAACAGAAAACAGUGAGUGCCAUACUGUUGGUAUCCUGCGCUAUUUGGAGCGUGCUGAAGCUGACAUUCCACCAGGAUUGUCUGGGGUGCUAGAAGCUGAAGAAAAGAAGUUUGCAAGGCCAUUGUGCACCUGUCUUAAAAUGUUUGGGACUUGCAAGAAUAGAACAGCGUGUCCAGAUCGUCAUGAAAUUAAUUUACAAAUAGACAUGCUCCAGAAUAUGGCAUCUAAAACUAUACAAACAUCUGGAUAUGUGACAGUACUGCCUCUCCACAUUGUAAAUGCAACAAAUUACUUUGGUCGUAUAGUAGAUAAAGAAAAGGACCAAUAUACGGUUCUUGCUGAAGAAAUCAAUGAGUAUUUUAAGGAGACUAGUAAUAGAGUUGCUGCUCAAAAGGUAGAGAAGCUAGCUUUGUAUGGAUUCUGUGAGGAAACAGUCUUUCACAGGGUCCAGGUGGUAGAGACUUCUUCAAAAGAAGAAGAAAAUUUUAACAUCAAAAUUAAAUAUGUAGAUGAAGGCAGAACUAGUCAAGUUCAGUCCUCUCAGCUUCUUCACUUACCUGCAAGAUUUCAGCAUCUGCCACCUCAGGCUGUGGAAUUUGUAGUUUGUAGAGUUAAACCUAUUGAUAAUGACACUGAGUGGAACCCAAGGGUGACUCGUUAUAUUCAUCAGAAAAUUGAAAGGAAACCACAUGAAGCGAAGGUAAUAUUUACUUUAGGAAAUACAGUUUGGAUUGACCCAAUGGUCCGGGUUACCAGGCUUUCAGAUUUGAAGAUGUAUGUCAAUGAAUACAGCGUGCGAUCUGAGAUUUUGUCUACGGGUCUGGGAACUGAUAAUCCAGAACAUAUAUUGCAACUUCAGAAGUUGUGUGAGCAUGUGAAGUUAAGUCACACAAAGAAUUUGGAGCCUUUAAGCAUAAAGGAGGAUGCAGCUAGUCCUGAAAAUGUGUCUGAACUGCAGGAUGUGUCCUUAAAGGAAAAUCCUUCAGAAAACUGUAAUUCUUCUAGAGUGACUAUGGGGAAUCAUCUGCAUGAUGGUGUUGUUCAAACUAAGGAAGCAGAAGACUCUUCACUGCAUCAGCAGAAAUGUUUCUAUCCAAAAAUAAAAUGGUUUGAAAAUGAAGAGACUGUUACAGUGAAGGUUCAAAUAGUGAGGAUAGAUGACUAUAAAUGUGAAUUCUCUAAGGAAAAGGUAAUUUUCAGUGCCUGCUCAGAAGGCAAACUUUACUCAGCUGAUAUGGAGCUGUAUCAGUGUAUACUUACAGAAAAGUCUGCAUGUGUGAUUAAGGAUAAAGAGGCUAUUAUUGUCCUCAGAAAAGAGAAAAAAGGAGCAUGGUGCAAGUUACUAAAGAACAAGGUGAAGUGGAAAUUAACUUUAGAAUCACUGAAUGUUCCCAACAUACUAUCUGUUUUAAGUUCAGAUAUUUCAGACUGUUUUUUUGUUAACAGAAUCCUCAUGUGUCUUUUGACUUUGAAUACUUGGAAGAUUAUGAAGACAAAAGCCCUUUUCCAGUUGGUACUAAAAAGUUGCAUUGCACUGCUGCAGUGACAGAAGAACUGGUUGACUUUUCAGAAGACAGUGGUGCAGAAAGUGAUGAGUAAUUGGGAGAUGUGUCUAUUUUUUGUUUCUGUUAAGGUUAAUACUGUAAAGUAGUAUCUGUUGCAUGAGAAUUACUCCCGAAAUUGAUGGAACUAAAUGUACAGAUUGCAGAACUGGCUUUAAUUUUAGGAGGAAGAUGGUAAGCUAAGACCUUGCUUGGGUCCUAAGCAUCUGGAGAAAUACUCUACAUGAUAACUUCAUAUAUAUGUAUUCCAGUGUCUUCACUUCAGAACUUUUGGCUGUAAUGAUUUUGUGCAAAUACGUAUGUGUAUUUAAUUUAAAGAGCUUCUAAUUUACCUUUCUGAGUUUGCUGUGGUAGCAGCAGAUAAUUUUUUGCAGUUUAAUAAGUUCUGAUGGCCAGUUGAUUGUUUCUACCAUAAACCUCCGUGUGCUUACAGCAUCAGCUUUGUAACUGCCUGUUUGUCAGUUCUACAUAAAUAAAUUCAGAUGGCAAUCUUC